AGAUUUUUUCAAAACAAACCUGGAAAAGUGGACUUUUCUCCGACCAUAUAGAACAGCGAAAAAUCUUGAGCUCACGGGAGAUGAAUCACUUAUGUAAAAAGGUCUUAUAAAUUCGGAGUAAACAACUUCAACCGUCAUUAGAAGUAAAGUGCUUUAAUAGCCGUGAAAAGUGCUAUACUGGAAGUAUUCGUGAGUGAGCUAGUUGAAUCAAUCGAGCUGAUCAACCAAACAUACAAGGUCUUUCGAAGCAGCAAUGCCACUGAACUCUACGUUACACUGUUCAAUACGGAGCUUUAAGGAGAGCUGAGUGCUUUUCUGCGUGUGCAAAAUUAGUAGAACGGAAGUUAGCUGCUGGCGUUUGACAUAGCAUAGCAUAGACGUAGCAAUUAGCUAAAACGCCCAUUCGGCCAUAAGGGCGGCAUAUGUUUACAAGUUGAAUGGACUUGAGCGCCUUGCAACUUCAAAUGCAUAUUUGGAAACUUCUGUUGAUUGUUACAAAAUUUGUACGCAUUGGUAUUGCCGAUAAAAACGACUCUCCACCGUAUUUCGACAGAUUUCUCUACGAGACUGAAAUUGAUGAGAAUGCCGAUCUACAGACAACUGUACUCACCGUCAACGCCAAGAAUCACAAUGAUUCCACGAAUAUUCGAUACCAGAUCACAGGCGGUAACAUAGGCAAUGCCUUUGGCGUACAAAAUACAACUGGCGCGAUUUUCGUAGCCAGCCCACUCGACUAUGAAACCCGACCAAGGUACGAACUCCGUUUGGAAGCGUCGCGUAAUCGCAAAACAAAUUACACCACCGUCGUCAUCAAUGUACGCGACGUCAACGAUAAUCCACCGUCAUUCGAUCGUCAAACAUAUCGCACACAAAUUACGGAAGAAGAUGAUCGUAAUCUUCCCAAACGUAUACUACAGGUUACUGCCACCGAUGGCGACGUAGAUAGGCCAAUGAGUAUUGUGUACUUUCUCACCGGCCAGGGCAUCGACCCGGAUAACACAGCAAAUAGUAAAUUCGAUAUAAAUCGUACAACGGGUGAUAUUUUUGUACUAAAGCCACUCGAUCGUGACCAACCACAUGGUAGACCGCAAUGGCGAUUUACAGUCUUCGCGCAAGACGAAGGUGGCGAAGGGUUGGUGGGCUAUGCCGAUAUUCAGGUGAAUCUGAAGGAUAUCAACGACAACGCGCCACAAUUCCCGCAAGGAAUUUAUUUUGGUAAUAUAACAGAAAACGGUACCGCCGGGUUGCCAGUUAUGACAAUGUCAGCCGUUGAUUACGACGAUCCCAACGAGGGCACCAAUGCCAAACUAAUAUACUCAAUUGAGAAAAAUGUGAUUGAGGAAGAGACGGGCGCGGCGAUAUUCGAAAUAGAACCGGAAACGGGCGUUAUAAAGACUGCGGUGUGCUGUUUGGAUCGUGAACGCACACCUGACUACUCCAUACAGGUGGUUGCGAUGGACGGCGGUGGCUUGAAAGGCACUGGCACUGCAUCGAUACGGGUUAAGGAUUUGAAUGAUAUGCCACCGCAAUUCACGAAAGACGAAUGGUUCACUGAGGUGGACGAGACUAACGGUACAGCCAUACCGGAUGCGCCAAUACUUACGGUGACCGUGCAAGACGAAGACGAAACAAAUUCAUUUCAGUACAAAGUGGUGCCGAACAGCGGCUUUGGCGCUGAGAAAUUCGCUAUGGUGCGGAAUGUUGAUGGUACUGGUUCCUUGAAAAUCACACAGCCGCUCGACUAUGAGGAUCCGCUGCAAAGCAGUGGUUUCCGAUUUCGCAUACAAGUCAACGACAUGGGCGACGACAGUGACAAUGAUAAAUAUCACGUGGCGUACUCGUGGGUUGUGGUCAAAUUGCGCGACAUCAAUGACAACGAACCGCACUUUGAGCGCGAUCAUAUCGAAGUGGCUGUAUACGAGGAUACCAAAGUCGGUACAAUACUUGAACAGUUCCGUGCAUCGGAUGCGGAUCAAGGCGGGCACAGUAGAGUCACAUAUCGUAUUGUGCGAGCCUCAAAUAAGAAACGUCAAUUUGCCAUCAGCACGAAAGGUGCAGUCAGCGUGCAGCGACCGUUAGAUCGCGAAGAAACUGAUCGGCAUUUUGUACAACUACUAGCUAUCGAUGAUGGCAGUACGCCGCGUACAGCGACCGCUACAUUAACGGUUAUAGUGAAGGAUGUUAAUGACAAUGCGCCGGUUUUCGCGAAGGAUUACCGGCCUGUAUUGCCGGAGAAUGUGUCGCCGCGAAAAAUUAUCGAAAUUGCAGCGAAAGAUGCAGACGAUCGAGCUCGUGGCAAUGGUGGGCCGUUCACCUUUCGGCUGGAUCCUCUGGCCAGUGAUUUGAUACGUUCGAGCUUCAAAGUCGAGCAUGACAGACGCGGCGACAAUGGCAAUGGCAUAGCAAUUGUUUCAUCACUACGUCCCUUUGAUCGGGAACAGCAAAAGUCCUACCUCAUACCAAUUGAGAUAAAGGACAACGGUACACCACCCAUGACGGGCACCAGCACUCUAACUGUCAUUAUUGGUGAUGUGAAUGAUAAUAAAAUGCUGCCGGGCAGCAAGGAAGUUGUUGUCUACAAUUACCAAGGACAAUCGCAUGACACGCAAAUAGGACGCGUAUACGUACACGACCUAGACGAUUGGGAUGUGCCGGACAAGAAGUACUACUGGGAAGCGCAAGAACAUCAACGCUUCAAAUUGGAUACGGACACGGGCAUCGUUAUGAUGCGCGCGGGCACGCGUCGUGGUCGCUAUCAACUGCGUUUCAAAGUUUACGAUCGGGAACAGGGACAGGUGGAUGUGCCGGCGAACAUGACUGUUAUAGUGCGUGACAUCACACAUGAAGCGGUCCAACAGGCGGGGUCUAUGCGCUUGGCUGGUAUAAGUGAUGAGGACUUCGUACGCGUGUGGGACUAUACACAGCAUAAACUGCAGCGGUCCAAACUUGAGCGGUUUCGCGAGAAACUAGCAGAAUUGCUAUACACAGAUCGUGAUUAUGUCGACGUGUUUAGUGUGCAGUUGAAGUCGGAGCAUCCGUUAGUGACGGACGUACAUUUUGCGGCGCGUUCACCAACCCAACAGCCAUACUUUAAGGCAGUGCGCCUGAAUGGCGUGGUGCUUAUGCAUCGCGAAGAGGUCGAGAAAGAGGUGGGUAUUAACAUCACCAUGGUCGGCAUUGACGAGUGCUUGUUCGAGCGACGGCACUGUGAAGGUUCCUGUACAAAUCAUGUAGAGAUACACAACCGUACGCCGUACACGGUAAGUGUUAAUAAAACAGCGCUGGUUGGAGUGCGUCUUAACACGAGCGCUGAAUGUGUUUGCAAGGCGCGCACUUUCAGUCGUGAAGAGACCUGUCGUACACAUCACUGCUACAAUGGUGGACGUUGCGUUGAUACCCGCAGUGGGCCCAGAUGUGUCGCCUGUCCAGUAGGCUAUAAUGGGCCGCGCUGUCAGCAGACCACACGCAGUUUUCGAGGCAAUGGCUGGGCUUGGUAUCCAGCACUACAAUUGUGCGAGCAGUCGCAUCUCAGUCUCGAAUUUAUUACAAAAGAAGCGGAUGGUCUUAUACUAUAUAACGGACCAAUAGUACCACCCAAACAGGACGAAUACCUGCUGCGCGAUUUCAUUUCCAUUGAGCUGGAACAGGGUUACCCACGUCUACUCAUCGACUUCGGCUCAGGCACAUUGGAGUUGAGAGUGAAAACGAAAAAGACGCUAGACGAUGGCGUUUGGCAUCGUUUAGAUGUCUUUUGGGAUAGCGAAAAUGUGCGUAUGGUUAUCGAUUUCUGCCGCAGUGCUGAAGUGUUUGAAAUGGAGGAUGGCUCAGCGCCCGAGUUCGAUGACAAUUCCUGCCAGGCACGUGGCCUAAUACCACCCUUUAGCGAAGCGCUGAAUCUAAAUGUACCUCUGCAACUUGGUGGCAUCUAUCGGCAACACUUCGAUCAAACACUUUAUCACUGGCAAUAUGCAUUUACGUCGAAAGGUUUCGAUGGCUGCAUACGCAAUCUUAUACACAAUUCCGAGCAUUACGAUCUAGCAUUUCCUGCGCUGGCACGAAACAGCUAUCCCGCCUGCCCGCAAACGGACGAAGUUUGCUUGAAAACCGAACACACAGCGCGCUGUUGGGAACAAGGAAAUUGUGUGGCCAGCCUAGUACAAGCCAAAUGCUACUGUCGACCCGGCUGGACGGGUCUGUCCUGCAAUUUUCCCACCAUACCCACCACAUUUAAGCCGCAGAGUUAUGUCAAAUUUGCGCUGAGCUUCGAGCCGGAUCGUUUCAGCACGCAGCUACAAUUACGCUUCCGUACGCGCGAGCAACAAGGCGAACUAUUUAGAGUCAGCGAUCAGCAUCAACGUGAAUAUGCCAUACUCGAACUCAGCCGCGGCCACUUGCAGUUGCGGUUCAACCUAAACUCCUUGCGCGCCGAGGAAAAACGAUUACAAUUGAAUGCCAUCGCUGUCAACGACGGUCAAUGGCAUGUGGUGCGUUUUAAUCGCUAUGGCUCGGCAGCUAUGCUGGAACUGGAUGGUGGCGAGGGUCGACGUUACAACGAAACUUAUAACUUUGCCGGCCAUCAGUGGCUUUCCAUUGACAAACAGGAGGGCGUGUAUGCGGGCGGCAAAGCGGAGUAUACCGGCUUGAAAACAUUUGAAGUACAAUCGGAUUUUCAAAGAAGUUGCCUGGACGAUAUUAGAUUGGAUGGCAAACACUUGCCGCUGCCACCUUCAAUAAAUGGCACACAAUGGGGUCAGGCGACGAUGGCGCGCAAUCUGGAGCGUAACUGCCCAUCAAAUCGACCGUGUUCAAAUGUAAUCUGUCCGGAUCCGUUUGAUUGUGUCGACCUGUGGAAUGAAUACGAAUGCACUUGCAGUGAAGGACGCAUCAUGUCCGCUGAUACAAAAGGCUGCGUCGAUCGCAACGAAUGUCUCGACUUGCCCUGUCUGAAUGGCGCAACAUGUAUAAAUCUCGAACCGCGCCUCCGUUAUCGCUGUAUCUGUGCUGAAGGAUAUUGGGGCGAAAACUGUGAGCUGAUGCAAGAAAGUCAACGCCUCAAGCUGAGCAUGGGUGCGCUGGGAGCGAUCUUCAUAUGCCUCGUUAUCAUAUUAAUACUUUCACUCCUGUUCGUGCUGUAUAACCGCAAACGCAAGACAACGAAGAAGAAACGUGCCGGCCCGGAAAAGGACGUACGUGAGACUGUUAUCAGUUAUGACGAUGAAGGUGGCGGCGAAGACGACAUGACAGCAUUCGACAUAACACCACUGCAAAUACCCAUUGGCGCCGGCGGUAAUAUGCCACCAGAUAUUGCCACCUGCAAGAUGCCAAUAAUAUAUCCCGUUAUGACACUAUUGCCCGGCCAAGAAGUGAAUGUCGGCUUCCUGAUGGAGGAGCGCAAGAAACGCUUCGACAAGGACCCGAAUGCGCCACCGUUCGACGACCUGCGCAACUUCACCUUCGAGGGCAGCGGUAGCAUAGCCGAGUCGCUGAGCUCUUUGGCCUCAGGUGCGUACCGGCACACUCCGACGACCGUCGCCACCACUUCAUUCAUGCACUGCACCGACGAUGAGAAUCAAGACUACAACUAUUUGACGGGCUGGGGGCCGCGCUUCAAUGCGCUCGCCGCAAUGUAUGUGCAUCACGACCGCACGAAGCUAACGCGCGUAGUGGCGACAAACGAAGUGGCUAUAACUUCAGCUGCAGCGGCUAUAAAGGCAAGCACGACACCCAAUAUGCUGGCCGUAUCGACGGGCAUGGUUGUGGGUAGCAAUUCGGGCAUGUUGACAAAAACGACAGCCGCAGUAAUUGAAGAAGAAGAUGAAGAUGAGGAGGACGAGGAUGAGGAGGAGGGCAACGUGGCGUUAUAAAAUAAGGCAAUGCAGACAUCCGCAGAUCAUGGGCGAUGCGUACGUACAAGUCGCAGCAACUAGCAGACACACAAGCCUACAUCAAAAAUUUCACUCGAAUCAAAGGCAACUCAACAAAAUAUGCCUUUGCUACAAGAUCUCUUCCAACAGAUGCUUGUGGGGACGCCUUCGUAGCUGCUUACGGUAAUGUGCGAGUAUGUGCUCGUUCGUAUGUGUUCGCUACGAACCGUAUGGGGUAAUUAAGGUCAAAGCAAAGGAAAUGUAUACAACUAGUGUGAGUGAAGUUUCGGCUUGUGCUCAUUAGCUCCGCAUAAAAUCAAAGAAACAAUCAAGCAAAGGAACUGAAAGAGAAUGCUGUUAAAAAAGAUUUGCAAGGAAUUUAAAAUACAUUUGAAAGAAAAAAGCUGCUUUUGGCAGACUACACUGCGAUUCACAGGCAUUUAAGGCAGCAUUUUCUUCGCUUGACUUGAAAUAGCACACCUUAUGCGAGAGACGACUGAGGAGAGGUCGAAAACGAUAAAUCGGCGUUAAUUAUGUAUCGUCAAAAAGAUAUAUACGUAUCCAUGUGUGCAAAGGGAAAUGUGAAAGUCGCCAACUCAAUUGUAAAAUAGUUUGUAAAUAUUUUGAAUGAAAACCGAACUAAUAAUAAUGAUAAUGUUAAACUAAUAUUAAAAAAAAUGGUAAGCAUUGAUGUAAUUUUAAAUUCCAAUAAAUUACAAAUACAAAUAAGCGUGUGUAGGGGUGGUAGCAUAGUGCGAACGACUACUAGUAUAGUUAAAUCAAAUUUAACUUAAUUUUAUGCUAAGCAAGUAGUUAUACGAUACCUACAUGAAUAAAAAUCAAAUCAAACUGUUUAAAUAAAUAAUUUAGUGAUAAAAAAUAAAAGAAUAAUAAAAAUAAUAGAUAAUAGAUAUUACACUAUGCUGACAUAUAAUAAAAUAAUUAUAGUUAAUAUCUAAAAAAGUGAAAACGAAAUAUUUCUGCAUUUAUUAGAACAAGCAUAAACAUUAAUUUAUUAAAAAAAAAGAAUGUAAAACUAAAAAUAAAAAAAACAUUAAAUUUACUUAUAUAUAAUACAAUAUGUAACAGUGAAAUCAAAAUGGAAUUAAUGAACACUAAAAUAAAUUUAGUUAUUGAAUUGUUAGUUAGCAAUAAGGAUAUUGAUUUUUUAAUAAUAACGAUAA